CUGUCUCCGCUCCCGGAGUGGGAACCCUGCCCCGUCUCCUGAGCAUGCGCAGAAGCCGCUGCCUGGGAGCCCCCGCGACGGUGGCCCGGACGGAAAAGAUACCUCGGCGGCGUGGGCCCGGCUCCCUGCUCCAGGACCUGAGGAUCUUGACCUUCCGCCCUCCUCCGAGCACCAGGACUCCCUGCAGUUCCGUACCCGAGGCCUCCGGGGUGAAGAGGCGCCGGACCCGAUGAGCUCGGUAGUCCACCACCGCUCUGCAAGCCGCAGUUAAACGAGAAGAUUCGUCACCGCUUUGAUGGCUGCCUCACAAACUUCACAAACUGUUGCAUCUCAUGUUCCUUUUGCAGAUUUGUGUUCAACUUUAGAACGAAUACAGAGAAGUAAAGGACGUGCAGAAAAAAUCAGACACUUCAGGGAAUUUUUAGAUUCUUGGAGAAAAUUUCAUGAUGCUCUUCAUAAGAACCAAAAAGAUGUCACAGACUCUUUUUAUCCAGCAAUGAGACUAAUUCUUCCUCAGCUAGAAAGAGAGAGAAUGGCCUAUGGAAUUAAAGAAACUAUGCUUGCUAAGUUUUAUAUUGAGUUGCUUAAUUUACCUAGAGACGGAAAAGAUGCCCUCAAACUUUUAAACUACAGAACACCCACUGGAACUCAUGGAGAUGCUGGAGACUUUGCAAUGAUUGCAUAUUUUGUGUUGAAGCCAAGAUGUUUACAGAAAGGAAGUUUAACCAUACAGCAAGUAAACGACCUUUUAGACUCAAUUGCCAGCAAUAAUUCUGCUAAAAGAAAAGACCUAAUAAAAAAGAGCCUUCUUCAACUUAUAAGUCAGAGUUCAGCACUUGAGCAAAAGUGGCUUAUACGGAUGAUCAUAAAGGAUUUAAAGCUUGGUGUUAGUCAGCAAACUAUCUUUUCUGUUUUUCAUAAUGAUGCUGCUGAGUUGCAUAAUGUCACUACUGAUCUGGAAAAAGUCUGUAGGCAACUGCAUGACCCUUCUGUAGGACUUAGUGAUAUUUCUAUCACUUUAUUUUCUGCCUUUAAACCAAUGCUAGCUGCUAUUGCAGAUAUUGAGCACAUUGAGAAGGAUAUGAAACAUCAGAGUUUCUACAUAGAAACCAAGCUAGAUGGCGAACGUAUGCAAAUGCACAAAGAUGGAGAUGUAUAUAAAUACUUCUCUCGAAAUGGAUAUAACUAUACUGAUCAGUUUGGUGCUUCUCCUACAGAAGGUUCUCUUACCCCAUUCAUUCAUAAUGCAUUCAAAACAGAUAUACAAAUCUGUAUUCUUGAUGGUGAGAUGAUGGCCUAUAAUCCUAAUACACAAACUUUCAUGCAAAAGGGAACUAAGUUUGAUAUUAAAAGAAUGGUAGAGGAUUCUGAUCUACAAACUUGUUAUUGUGUUUUUGAUGUAUUGAUGGUUAAUAAUAAAAAGCUAGGGCAUGAGACUCUGAGAAAGAGGUAUGAGAUUCUCAGUAGUAUUUUUACACCAAUUCCAGGUAGAAUAGAAAUAGUGCAGAAAACACAAGCUCAUACUAAGAAUGAGGUAAUUGAUGCAUUGAAUGAAGCAAUAGAUAAAAGAGAAGAGGGAAUUAUGAUAAAACAACCUCUAUCCAUCUACAAGCCAGACAAAAGAGGUGAAGGGUGGUUAAAAAUUAAACCAGAGUAUGUCAGUGGACUAAUAGAUGAAUUGGACAUUUUAAUUGUUGGAGGAUAUUGGGGUAAAGGAUCACGGGGUGGAAUGAUGUCUCAUUUUUUGUGUGCAGUAGCAGAGAAGCCCCCUCCUGGUGAGAAGCCAUCUGUGUUUCAUACUCUCUCUCGUGUUGGCUCUGGCUGCACCAUGAAAGAACUGUAUGAUCUGGGUUUGAAAUUGGCCAAGUAUUGGAAGCCUUUUCAUAAAAAAGCUCCACCAAGUAGCAUUUUAUGUGGAACAGAGAAGCCAGAAGUGUACAUUGAACCUUGUAAUUCUGUCAUUGUUCAGAUUAAGGCAGCAGAGAUCGUACCCAGUGAUAUGUAUAAAACUGGCUGCACCUUGCGUUUUCCACGAAUUGAAAAGAUAAGAGAUGACAAAGAGUGGCAUGAGUGCAUGACCCUGGACGACCUAGAACAACUUAGGGGGAAAGCAUCUGGUAAGCUCGCAUCUAAACACCUUUAUGUAGGUGGUGAUGAUGAACCACAAGAAAAAAAGCGGAAAGCUGCCCCAAAGAUGAAGAAAGUUAUUGGAAUUAUUGAGCACUUAAAAGCACCUAACCUUACUAACGUUAACAAAAUUUCGAAUAUAUUUGAAGAUGUAGAGUUUUGUGUUAUGAGUGGAACAGAUAGCCAGCCAAAGCCUGACCUGGAGAACAGAAUUGCAGAAUUUGGUGGUUAUAUAGUACAAAAUCCAGGCCCAGACACGUACUGUGUAAUUGCAGGGUCUAAGAACAUCAGAGUGAAAAACAUAAUUUUGUCAAAUAAACAUGAUGUUGUCAAGCCUGCAUGGCUUUUAGAAUGUUUUAAGACCAAAAGCUUUGUGCCAUGGCAGCCUCGCUUUAUGAUUCAUAUGUGCCCAUCAACCAAAGAACAUUUUGCCCGUGAAUAUGAUUGCUAUGGUGAUAGUUAUUUUGUUGAUACAGACUUGAACGAACUGAAGGAAGUAUUCUCAGGAAUUAAAAAUUCUAAUGAGCAGACUCCUGAAGAAAUGACUUCUCUGAUUGCUGAUUUAGAAUAUCGGUAUUCCUGGGAUUGCUGUCCUCUCAGUAUGUUUCGACGGCACACCGUUUAUUUGGACUUGUAUGCUGUUAUUAAUGACCUGAGUACCAAAAAUGAGGGGACAAGGUUAGCUGUUAAAGCCUUGGAGCUUCGGUUUCAUGGAGCAAAAGUAGUUUCUUGUUUAGCUGAGGGAGUGUCUCAUGUAAUCAUUGGGGAAGAUCAUAGUCGUGUUGCAGAUUUUAAAGCUUUUAGAAGAACGUUUAAGAGAAAGUUUAAAAUCCUAAAAGAAAGUUGGGUCACUGAUUCAAUAGACAAGUGUGAAUUACAAGAAGAAAACCAGUAUUUGAUUUAAAGCUAGGUUUCCUAGUGAGGAAAGCCUCUGAUCUGGCAGACUCAUUGCAGCAGGUGGUAAUGAUAAAAUACUAAACUACAUUUUAUUUUUGUAUCUUAAAAAUCUACGCCUAAAAAGUAUCAUUAGAUAUAGGAAAACAAUAAUUUUAAUUUUUAAGGUUGAAAUGACAAUAGCCCAAAGCCAAGAAAGAAAAAUUAUCUUAAGAGUGUAGUAUUCAAUGAUUUCUUAUGAUUAAGGUGAAAUAAUUAAACAGUCUAAAAAAGAGGUGUUUUUAGAAUAUCCAUAUAGAAAUCUAGAAUUUUUACUUAGAUACUAAUAAAAUACAUUUAGAAACUUUUAAAGUCAUGAAAAGCAUUAACCUUCUAAACAGUAUAUUCUAAAAAAUCAAAACUUUAAUAAUAGUUUUUAUCUAAAAAAAGCAUUGCAAGAAAAUAGGGUAGAAUUGUUACAGUUGGACUUGUAAAAAUAUGUCUUUUUACUCAGGGUUUAAAAUGUCCCUUUAAAUGUGAAAUGUAAACAAAUUUGUUUUUUAAAGUUAAGGCCAAAUGUAACAAUAAAACCCUGUCAAUGAUGGUUUUAGCUAAAUUAGAGGAAGUUGUAUGAGACUUAAUGAUCUAAAAACUUAAAAUUGAAUGGGUUUGAUUAAAAAUAAAGCUUGCAAUUUUAAAAGCUCACAUUUAAUUUCUUGCAUGAAAUAGAACAUGCUUUAAAGGAAGUAUUUUUAUGUGAAUUUGCAUUCCAGUAUAAAUAGUAUUCACAAAAAAGAUUUUCCUAGAUUUUAUCUAUUGAAUAGGUGUCAGUAUGGCAUGCAUAUUGUAACUUUCAUUAGAAAUAAAUUGCUUUGACUUUUAAAAAUGACUUUUAUAGUUAGAUUAUUUAAAGUCAAUGUAUAUAGUAUAUAUUAUGUAUGGAUUUAUGUACCGAAUUUUGGAAUACAGCCUAUCUCAUGACCAUAUUGAAAUGAAUGGAAUUUGAUCCGUGAGAUACUAUGUGUGCAUUAUUUGAAAGUUAUUGGAAAUUUUAUCCAAACCGUGGAACAAAUGUAUAUGAUUUUGUUAUACUUCUUAAAUAAAAUAUUUAAUGUACUAUUAAAA